AUGAUGAUAUUCUACAAAGUGGUUAAACUGUUCACAGUAAUUACUUUCUUCUGUGAUGUUGUUUACUCCCAAAAUAUCUAUUGCAGAGAACGUGAGAGACUGGUCUCUACAAAAUCUGCUGAUUUAUUUGAAUUAGUUGACGCAACUCUUGGAUCAAACAUAACAUUAAAAUGUACCUUUUGUGAUGAAGUUGACGAUGGUCAAGCAAAAAACUGGUUCAAAUCUGACAGAUUGGGAACAAAAGCUAAAGAGCUCACUCCAGGAAUGGAAAACGACAGAGAAUUUAACAGAAUUGUAGUAAAUAAUGAUCAUAGUUUAAGUAUAUUCAAUGUUUCUAUGCCUGAUAGAGGAGUGUAUUAUUGCAGAAACUUAGAAAUGAAGGAAAUUAAUAUGGGGACUAAUUACUAUAUUGACAUUAUAGAUACAUUCAGUGGAGAACCCGAAACAGGUAACCUGUCUGAUUGGAAAACAUAUUACGAAGAAUUCAUGUCUCCUCUUAAUAAACUUUUGCUAGAAUCUGAAGGAUACGAUUUUGUCCACGCCAGACAAGACUUAAAGCUCUCUAUGGAGUUGUAUACGUAUUGGGAACCGUUUAGCAAAUGUUUGUGUGAUCAACCUGGUGGUAAGAGACAGAAGAAAAAGCGAGGAUUAUGUAGAAUUAAGUUAAGACGCAAUGGAACGUAUGAUAAUACUGACGAUGCUGAUGUAUCCUACGUUUUAAAAGGCCAUGAAAUAUCUUGUAGAUCGCGUAGAUUGGAACAGAUAUUUCCAGACAUAAGUAAUCGAACUAGAGUUAUUCCCGAUUUUGUUCAAGUGGAGAUGUGCGUGGAAACAUGCACUCUUGAUGAUAAUGGAGAGAAUAGGGGGUGGAAAGUAGGAAAAACGAAGGGAUUUAAAUACAGGAAAACAUUUGUCUUGAUGGAAAAAUCACAUUUGACGUUGGUUUGCCCUGAAUCAACUCUGGAUAAUAGUGUGGUGUGGAGGAAACGUGGGAAGUCUUUAAAGCCCGGAGAUGCAAGUUAUUCCCAUAUGUACGUGGAUUCGUUCAAUAUACUUUAUCUAGUAAAUGUAACGAACGAGGAAGAGGGAAACUAUACUUGCCAAGUAGAUGAUAUACAAAUGCAAAGGAUUAAUAUUUUUAUUGUAAAAAAAUCGAAAUUUCUUUCGGGAGAACUAACCAGACAUAUGGGGUAUUUGGGAUUUAUUCUGCUACUGACAGUGCCGUGUUAUUUCGCCGGACUGACGGUGACAUGGUGGCGUAGACGUACUUUCGAAUCGUAUGAGGAUUAUAUGAAAGAAAAAGGGAAAAUUCCCUAUGAAGAAGACGAUGAGAUGGAAACUCUAUUGUGAAUUGAAUGUGUUAUCUAAUUUGACGUGUAGAAGAGAUUAUGAAUGUUAAAAAUAUAAGAU